UGACGUUCAGGUCAGAGCCCGAACCCUCCUGACCGCUUCUGGUCUCAGAGAACGGGGAGUUUUCCCACUGGCGGAUUUGCGGGCGUUUGUGAGCGGGAGCUGAGCGCCACUUGAGCCUGCGCGGAGCGCUUCCUGUGCAGGGUGAGAGGCUGUACGAUCCUCGGCAGUGUUCUGAGACCGUACGUCCCCGAACCCCCUCCGGACCGGAUCCACGGACUAAAUAACCCGCUGGGACUGCGCACAUUGGCCUAAAAGCCACUGACAACCUUCUGAAGUUGGACUUAACUCAGACUGUCGGAGUUCCAACAUGACGGCAGACAAGGAGAAGAAACGGAGCAGCUCGGAGAGGCGUAAAGAGAAGUCCCGGGAUGCAGCGCGAUGCAGACGCAGCAAAGAGACGGAGGUCUUCUACGAGCUGGCCCACCAACUGCCUUUACCUCACAGCGUCAGCUCCCACCUGGACAAGGCCUCCAUCAUGAGGCUUGCCAUCAGCGUCCUGCGCACUCGCAAGCUGCUUGCCUCAGCCUGCUGCAGCCACAGCAGCAACGACACAGAUGACCCAAUCAUGGACAACCUCUACCUGAAAUCUCUGGAGGGCUUCAUAACCGUGGUAACAACAGAUGGAGACAUGAUCUUCCUGUCGGAGAACAUCCACAAGUUCAUGGGCCUCACUCAGGUGGAGCUCACAGGUCACAGCAUCUUUGACUUUACCCAUCCAUGUGACCAUGAGGAGAUCAGAGAAAACCUGAGCCUGAAGACAGCAGGAACCAAUUUCCGUAAAAAAGGCAAAGAGCUGAUCACAGAGCGUGACUUCUUCAUGAGGAUGAAAUGCACUGUGACUAACCGAGGACGGACCGUCAACCUCAAGUCAGCCAGCUGGAAGGUGCUGCACUGCACCGGCCACCUAAAGAUCUACAACGGCUGCACCUCGCGGGUUCUCUGCGGAUACCAGGAGCCUCCGCUCACUUGCGCUGUCCUGAUGUGUGAGCCCAUCCCACACCCAUCCAACAUCAACACUCCGCUGGACAGCAGGACCUUCCUGAGUCGACACAGCAUGGACAUGAAGUUCAUCUACUGUGACGAAAAGGUGAUGGAGCUGACGGGCUAUACUCCGGAGGACCUGCUGGGCCACUCAGUCUAUGAGUUCUACCACGCCAUGGACUCUGACAGUGUCACCAAGAUCCACAACAACUUAUGCACCAAAGGUCAGGUGGUGAGCGGGCAGUAUCGCAUGCUGGCAAAGAGCGGGGGUUAUGUCUGGGUGGAGACUCAGGGAACCGUCAUUUACAACAGCCGAAACUCUCAGCCGCAGUGUGUCAUGUGCAUCAACUAUGUCCUCAGUGACGUGGAGGAGAAGUCUGUGAUUUUCUCCUUGGAGCAGAUGGAGGCACUGUUCAAGCCUCAACACAUGAGCAGCUUCUUCACUCCAGAGGGAGUGGGCAUGAAUGGAGAGCCAGGAGAUUCCCUCUUCACCUCAAUGAAAGAGGAGCCCGAGGACCUGGCUCAGCUGGCUCCAACACCUGGAGACACUAUCAUCUCCCUGGACUUCGGUCGUCCUCAGUUUGAGGAGUCCCAACAGCCAGCUGCGUACACCCCUGUUUCGUCUUCAUCCAUGCCUCCUCCGGGACCGUCAUCCUGGCCGAGCGAGAGCCACAAACCUGCUCGAGCCCAAACUCCGUCAGGAGAUGUGGCUAACAAGGCCGGUCCUUUCACCAUGCAGCAGAACCGUCCUCCGGGCAGCGCCACUCCAAGCCUUAGCAGUUGCUCCACGCCCAGCAGCCCAGGUGAUUACUACGGCCCAGUGGAGAGCGAUCUGAGGAUAGAGCUCACUGAGAAGCUCUUUGCUCUGGACACAGAGGGGAACAACUCAGCAAGCACUGAGGCGGACUUGAGCGACUUGGACCUGGAGACUUUGGCUCCUUACAUCCCCAUGGAUGGCGAGGACUUCCAGCUGACUCCCAUCAUUCCAGAACUCGAGCCCCUGAAGGUGGCUCAGGCCGGCUCUGUGGGCAGCAUCAGCAACCUGAACAUGCAGCAGAGCUUCAGUAACAUCACCAGCCUCUUCCAGCCGCUGACCUCCCCUUCCCAGCCUCAAAAUCACUUCCUCCCACAGCCAAAGGUGUCUUGGGCCACUGGGGAGAGGAGAGGCUCUGGCCAGGGGGUUGUGGACACCAGAUCCAGGUCCUACAUGAUGAAACACUUGCAGAAUCUCCCGAAUCGGGCCCCAGCCAGCACGCCUCUAUCUUCGAUGCAAUGGCCUCCGGACCCGUUAAUAACUUACCGACACGAACGGCCUCCUAAAGCCUACCCAAUGGAUAGUUUGUCUGAAGAGGAACGUCCAUCCUGCCAGCAGAACGUCCCACAUCUAAUGCAAAAGCAGAGGUCUAUUGACGAUUUUAUCCAGGCUUACAAAGAUGUGAGUCCUGCCAGAGUGGCCAUGGCCAACAGCAUCAAACGCUCCUUCAACCAGGUGGCUGCGGGUGAAAAGAAGCAACCGACAGAAAUUAUGUGGAAGAAGAUGAGAGGUGACGGCAGCAUGGAUCGCUCCCUCAGUGCUGGAUGUAUUACAGGGUCUAAGAUGAUACAAGGCAAGGCACCACCAUUUCCUGGCCUUCUACAACAACACAGGAAGUCUCAGUACCCAGCAAAUGGGAUUGAUGGAGUAAAUGGGAAACCUUGUUUCCAAAAGAGCUGCAGCUACUCGGAGUAUAACUUGCCACAUUCAAACAAGUCAGAGGGUAUUGUGAGUCGUUUGCUGGGCCCAUCGUUUGAGCCCUCAUGUUUGCCAGAGUUGACCCGAUAUGACUGUGAGGUCAACGUCCCUCUUCAAGGCAACCUGCACCUCCUCCAGGGCUGUGACCUGCUGCGAGCCCUGGACCAGGCCACCUAGAGCCCCGGAUCCAAACCCCGACAUGAACCUGGACUUACAGUCAGCCCUGAGCCUCCACCUGCAGCCAUGGCUACAUCUCUCUCUGCCUCUUGUAUCCUGGGGCCUUCUGAGGGCCCUGAGACACGGUGUCCAUGACCACAUCCUGCCACAUCUGUCCGUUUUCUAGUUGUCAACACAAACCAACUAUGCAGCUUUUAAAUCAGAUGCAGGUGGAGUAAAAGCUGCCCCGCACCAGCCCAGGUGACCCACAUACACAAUGAAAAUAGGCAGCUCUGUGCUGCUAAAUAAACAGAUAAAAUUGCAUCUCUCUUACCGGUAUUAAAGAGUUCUGGGGUCUCACAGGGUCUGGUGUAGAUGUGAUCAGACCUCCUGUUGCUUCUAGGAGAACAUGCUUAUCUAGCUACACAUUAGCAGAGACACUGUUAGCUUUCAUUUCUGUCUGUUUGAUCAACUAGAACUUUUUCCAGAUCUUCUUGUCUGAAUUAGUCCCAUCAGCAGCGUUUCUGUGAACCAUAACCAGCCUGUACUCUGGUUUCAGAAAGGAUUCGUUUUUAUUAACCAAAUACUCAGACUGUCUAUUUUAGGUCUUUAACCUUAAUACAAGAUUCUUCACCGCAUGGAGCAAAUACUGUAGUGUAAGUAGUGGAGCAUACGUUAAACAUGAGGGUAUGGGUGGUUUAUUUCUCAUAUCUUUACUAAAUCUUAUUUGAACAAGCGGCCGUGAGCUGCUUGUGUGGUAACAGGGUAUAUUUUGUCCUUUUGUGCCGUUUAUAUCCAGCUUGCACAAAAGACAUGGACUUGCACACUCGUUAGGCGGAAGACAAAAGGCAGUGGUGAGCACUGGUGACCAGGGGAGAAGACACAAAUACUUGUUUUAACAAAUGUACUCUUGGUAAGGUCUCUGCCCUUCCAGGUGGUCAUUAGCUUCCAUCUCAGGACUGACUGAAGCCAUAUUUAUAAUUAAAAAACUGAAGAAAGUUGGUUUUUCCAGCUUUGAAAUGUUACAGAAACAAACCUGUUUGAUCAGAUCCCAGCAAAAGCCAAAGAGAUAAACUUUACAGUGAGGGAGCAUGGCUGCAGCAUUUCAGAAAUGCUAAAGUAAAAACAAAUAAACCCACAUCUGAUAAUUGUACAAGACUGGACUUUAGGUGGAAUGAGGGGGAAUGGUUUGCAGCACAGGCGGAAGUAAAGGAAAUGGUUUCUGACGUUUGGGUCAAUCAGGAUGAUGGUGGGGGGCUAGAAGGGAGGACUUUAGGAGGGAUCAAAAAGGGUUUGGAUUGUUUGGAAGGACAUCAGGAGGAGCUUCGAGGCGUUUUGGUUCAUCGGUAGAAAGCUUUAAUGGUCCGGAUAAGUGAGAGAAUGUUAUGAAUGCAGUACAGCCAAAAAAAAGCAAAUGACGUUGACCCCGUAGAGCACCAAUGUCACCCCCACACCGCUCUGUGCUCACCACUGCACUCACCAGAGUGAGAUCAGAAAGCAGCAGCUCCUGGAUUACUCAGACUUUGUACGUAGCAUCAGCUACGGCGUCGCUGCCUCGGCUGGCCAAACGCAGACUUUAUGGAUUUUUCUUACAAGGGAAAGGCCAGUUUUUAUUAAUCUCACAGCGGAGAGGCUGCAGAUGCAGAGAGCUUUGUUACAGAUCAUUCUCAGCUUCUAUAGGAUGACAAGCCUUUCACCCAGAGGAUGUCAGUAUGCCUUCAGAGAAACUCUUCUCAUCAGACUUUCUUAUUUUUCUGAGGCUCGCUCUAUAUUUUGAAGUAAAUGUCUUUGUGUGGUGACCACUUUUAAACUAUAAAGCUUUGUACACACACACACACAUUAUGUAUUUAAAAGCUAGCUAAUGUUGAACAUAGUGUUGUUAGUGUAUAUUGUGUCCUGGUACUCUCUCCUCUUCCUCCCUGUCGACGCUGAUGGAUCAGAACCUCUCUGUGGCGUUUCCUCUGUACCUCUUCUCUCGUGGCUUUUGUGAUUUAUUUUUUUCCGAUGUUGUUUUUUUAUCCUAAAACAUUGACUGGGUCUGUUGGCUGGCCAGUACUGCUGUCGUUCUCACUUCACAACAAAAGUAAAAAGUCAGAUGAGAGAAGCAUCAGGUUUCACUUUUCAGAUAUGUAGCAUUUUGAAUAUUGUAAGAAAGGUGAAGUUGCUACAUAAUUGCAUAGUUUUCAAGUUGCAUUAUAUCAUAGCAAUGGUGCCUCAUGCAAGUGUGACUUUAGAGCUUUUAUUACAUGUCUUGGGUCCACUAAUACUGUUUAUCUAGAUUUAUCUGAACCCUCACGAUGUGCCUUAUCAGGACGACACGCGCAGCUCACCCUUCAAGUGCACAGUUUGUUCCUUCUUAAAACAACUAUUUAAGAAAAUCACCCAAUAAUAUUAUAAGAGGAAAAAAUAUAUAAGAAAUAAAACAACCUUUUGGUUUGUAGCUUUGAGUAAAAUUUGCACAAUAAAGAAAAAAAGUAGAAAGUUUAAAGGAACACUUUGGCUCUGACUGAAGUGGGUUUCUAUGGAAACAUGUAAUAUUUUAGCUUUUAGUCAUUCUCGCACAAACUUUAUUAGACUUCUUUUGACAUUGUAGCGUUAGAUAUGGCCAGACAUCACUACAGAUGGCUGCAAAAACAUUUAUACCUCCUCAUUUUUUAAUAUACUUAUUAAGAAGAGAACUGUAAUCCACUUUAGGACAAGCCCCAGCCUGAUGGGCUGUUAGUGAUUUCUGAUCAGACGAUGCUCUAUUUCUCCAAACAGAAGCCAUUCCAAAGGCUCCCUGGAGCAGGUAGGAUUCUGUUUCAACCUUCCCACAGAAAUCCAUUCCAGAAGAGGUGAACUGUUCCUUUAAAUGUCAAAGUUGGGACUGAUUUAUGAUCAUAAUCUCUGAUAUGUUAGCCCCGACUAGGUAAAAGUGCAGGAUCACAUUAAACGUAGGAAAUCUUCUGAUGAGAUAAGUCGAACUUUGCAAGAAAGUUUUUAUGGAAACGGAUUCUCAAGCUCAUCGGAGAACCAGGACUCAGUCUGGUGAUGAAGCUGCUUGUGGGAUUGCAGGAUCAGCAGAAAACUGCGCAACUGCUCGGAGAAAUUUGAGCUUUGAAUGAUCAUGUGAGACGUUUCUGUCACAAACCAGGAAGGUGUUCAGACUGCAACCAGGACAAGUUUGAUGACAUCAUCAAACUGGUCUAAUUUCGAUUAGCCUGAGCUAAUCAGUUGGUUGUGAAAUGUAAAAAAGUCAGCAUUACUCUGUGUUUACUGCACAUUUUGUACUGUAAGAUUCUAUAAGCUAUGUUAAUAUAACGUUUUCUUUUACAUUAAUAAAACUAACAGUUUGUCCCAUUAAAAACGAGUUAAUACGGUUUAGUUAGUAAAAAGGGCAUUUUAAUCUAGGUGUAUAUGAGGAACUAAAUUAAUUUAAUGCCUAAAUUAACCAUUUUUAGUUGUUGUUUCAUUUUGUAAUCAGGUCUUGAAUUACAGCAGAUAUGUUUGUUAUAAAGCAGAUAGAUAGAUAGAUAGAUAGAUAGAUAGAUAGAUAGAUAGAUAGAUAGAUAGAUAGAUAGAUAGAUAGAUAGAUAGAUAGAUAGAUAGAUAGAUAGAUAGAUAGAUAGAUAGAUAGAUAUGGUAGGAAGACCCCUUAUUGAUCCAUGUAACCUCUUGCUCUAGUGCGCAUGUGUGUUGCAGAACGAUAUCAACAAUCAUGUUUUUUAUGCUGUUGGUUGUACAAACUGCUUUGAUAACAACAAAUCGUGCAAGUUCUACAGACUUCCAUCGACUUGCGCUCCUUUAAAGGCAAACAAAAGAUGUCUUUGGUUGCAAACUAUGAGCAGAUCAUUAAAAAUGCUCAAAUCUGGUGCAAUCACUUCACAUCAGUUAUAUUAUAAUAAUAAUAAUUAAUCGCUCAAGCUUAUAAGUUGAUGUGCAUUGGUUCACUGUGACUCAUUUGUGUUGCUAAACCCAUUGAAACAAAUACUACAAGCUAGGAUUACUAGUCCACAGACAUCAUAUAAGUAGACACGGCGUGGCCUGGUGCUGUCUCCAUUCGCCCCUAGUACAUGUAUUUCUACUGAGGAAGGUGUUUACCAGAAUAAAAAACACAUUUAUUAUGCUUUUUCACACAAUCAGAGGUGUGGUAUGGCAUAAUAGUUUAAAUAUAGAUACAAAUAUAUACAAUAAAUGAAAAAUAUGUUAAAUAUAAAAUAGGUAGGCUAGAAAAGUUGCAGUUACUGCAGCUGUAGGCUGCAAAAGGAUGGGCAUUGUUGCUCACUCUGUGUUGACUCCAGCUGGGUUUAGAGAGUGAAGAACCCAUCCAGUUUGGUGGCAACACUGUUAUGCUCUCCAGCACCCAAAGGCACGUCUACGUAUUGACGUCGAUGUACUAGCCAACCUGUGGCUAAUUACCACAACAACAACAACAGUGACUAACGGAUGUUAUAUAGCUUUGGAGUUCAUGCUAAUGUUAUUUUAUAACAAAAACAGAAUACAGUUGUUUUUCUUGUUUACAAUGACGCAGACUUUCGUCUUCUUCUCUUGUCUUUGACAAGGCAGCACCUCAAUUUUCAAUAUUAUAUUCAUGCUAUAGUAAGUGUUGUACGCGGUUGUCUGUUACACAGCUGGAGGCAUCCUGGUUGUUGUAGGAUUUUAGGCUAGAGGCUUGGCGUGCCAAGAAGAGUUGAUGUUCGGAUACACAAGUUUGGGCCAUUCUCUCUCGCCGUUGAUCCAGUCAUCGUUAAGACGUGUCCCAAUGUCACUUUGGUGGCGUAACUAGUUUUAUUGCUAGGGGAUAAACUGUUAUGUUACACUAACAACAUCACUGGCCAACAACGCAACCACUAGAUAAGCGCCAAAAACAAUGGAAACCAGAGGAAGCCCGACUUUGUUUCUUCAUGCUGGCUGCACGCAUCUGCUUUGUUUACAAAUAAAUAAGGGGUCUAUAGAUAGCUAGAUGUCCAUAUACAUAGAUAUACAUCUAUGGCAAUUUAAUCAUUGGUUAAAAUAAACAAUGUCCCACAUUUUAAAGUUAAAAUCCAAUGAAUCUGCUUCUAUUCAUCAUGGUUCUUUUAGUAUUUUAUCCUUUUAGAAUUAUCGAAUUAAAGGUUUCCAGGGAAGCACCUUAAUAGAGUUUUAUGAAAUUGUUGAAAAUAAUUAAAAGUGCAAUAUGGGCAUGGGCAGUUGCUAAUUAUGGAGACCAAAGAUGGAAAAGCGUGGUGAUGCCAGAACAGCUUCUAAGAUGGGUUUAUGGUUUAUUUAGCAGCUGUUUCAUAAAAAUGAGCAGUUUAAUUACGUACGUGUAGAGUUGGCUAAACGGAAGUAGAGUCAGAGGUAGUUCUACCAAGAGGAGUCCUGUCUUUACGAACCAAUUCCUUUAACUGCAUCUGUUAAAAACUAAAAGCCUCUAAAUGAUGUAUUAACAUUUCAUCAAAAACUUUAAUAACAAAUUAUUUGGUUUUUUUCCUCUUUCCUUACAUGGAAAAACAAUGAAAGUUAGAGUCAGCUGUUGUGAAAUGUGAAAAUCUAACAUGGGUGGGGCUUUGGUGGUCUAUCGCCUGUGCUACUCAACAUUCUGUGCUCCUUGAAGGGUUUUCCCAAAAAGCUAAAGUGACAAAUGAUUUAGGAGUAAACCCACUCUCGCUGCGCUUCCUAUUUUGUGUUAGUAUUGUUUGUUUGUUUGUGUGUUUUUUCUGUAAAAACAGGGUUUUGUUAUUCCUUUUGGGAUCCACGUUCAGUUACUUGUAUUCUGUUGUUGUCAUAGAAUAUUAGCUACUUCAGAUUUUUAUGAUAUGCUGAAAUUCAUAUUGAUCAUAUUAUUAUUAAUACCUUAUUGUUAUCAUUGUUAUUGCUAUAUGGGGACUUGAACCCAAUUAGAAGUUUGUGUUUCUGCACUGAUAUAUUAUUAAAGCAUACUGGUCUUACUUUC